CUUUCGUCUUUCCCUGCAGUCAUUGGCUGGGCUACAGGUGACGUCAUUGGGUUGCUGUCGCUACCGGAGGAAGAAAGUGUCCGCUAGAGACCAGUGUGUGCGAUUUAGCGGACAUGGCGGACUCCGUCCCUAACAACGCUCCUCAGGCAGGAGCAGUGCAAUUCCUGAUGGCCAAUAAACUGGACUCGGCCAUGUGGCUGUCUCGGUGGUUCACAGUAUACUGUUCGGCUUUAUUUAUUCUUCCGAUUUUAGGCUUGCAUGAAGCUGCCAGUUUUUAUCAGCGUGCCUUGCUGGCCAAUGCUCUCACCAGUGCCCUGCGGUUACACCAGAGGUUACCACACUUCCAGCUGAGUCGGGCAUUUCUGAGCCAGGCCCUGUUAGAGGACAGCUGCCACUACCUAUUGUAUUCACUCAUCUUUGUCAACUCCUACCCCGUCACCAUGAGCAUAUUCCCUGUUCUCCUGUUUUCUUUGCUUCACGCAUCAACAUAUACCAAGAAGGUCCUGGAUGCCAAGGGUGCCAACAGUAUGCCAUUUGUCAGAUCCUUGCUGGACAAACUGAACGCAAAUCAGCAAAAUAUUCUGAAGUUUAUCGCUUGUAAUGAGAUCUUCUUAAUGCCAGCUACAGUCUUCAUGCUGCUUAGUGGACAGGGAAGUUUGUUGCAGCCUUUUAUUUACUACAGAUUCCUGACGCUGCGUUAUACCUCAAGAAGAAAUCCCUACUGCCGGACUUUGUUCACAGAGCUGAGGAUUAUCCUGGAGCACCUUGUAAUGAAACCAGCAUGUCCAGACUUUGUCAGAAGAUUGUGUCUCAGCAGCAUUGCCUUUAUAAGCCGACUAGCACCAACCGUUGCAUAAGUUAUUCUUAAUUAAAUUAUACAAUAUGUAUGUAAAUGAGCAUUAGCAGCUGGUAUUUCUGCUCUCUGUACGAUAUCCAGAUGGUUUACAAUGACGAUGAUGGCGUCCACACGAGCAAUGCUGAAUUCUCUUCUGCCUUUUUAUACAUCACUUUUACGAUUUCUUAGAGUGAUCCCUGUGACAUGUUCCCCACAGGUGAAUGUAAGCCUGGCUGCUAUACCCUUUCACGUGAACCUAGUUUGUACAUACUUGUACAAGUACUGUCAGGAACAUCCUUUCCCAUGAUCGCCUUAGAAAUUUGCAGCAUGUUGUUGUUUUUUUUUUUUUUUUUUUUUUUUUUUUUUUUUUUAAAUAUGUAAGCUGCAAAAAAUGCACAAGGUUCGUCUGAGAAUAAACUUAUUUGUGAUAUCUAAAUGUUCUAGUUUCAGCUUUUCGGGAACAGAGUAGUUUGACUGUACAAAUUUAUCAUGGAUCUGUUCUAUUUCUCUCUGGUUAUAUAAUCUCCUUUGUAUGAAGAUUACAAUUAAAAUGUACAUAGGAUAAGCAAAUUUAAACAGUGAUUUUAGAACAUUUUUGAGGUCAGUAGGUUCUGAAAAUUUCCAACUCAAGUGUUUUUUUUUUUUUUUUUCCCCUUUUUUAAAGUGUACACAUUCAAAAGAUGCAAUAAAAUACCUACACCGA